UUGACGUUGUAUCCUUAUUCAGCAACGUACAUCUAGGAAUUUGUUUGACAUCAAUAGAGGUCAAUUGGGACCGUGUUAGAGGUUGUUGUUCCAUGUCUUAUGACAGAUUCAUCAGCAUCGUCGAAUUUCUCUUUAAUAACACCUACUUCUCAUUUAAUGGAAAAUUCUAUCAACAAACUUUCGGUACCCCUAUGGGAGCAAAGAUUUCUCCUAUAAUUGCAACUUACGUUAUGGAUUAUGUGUUAGACUCUGUCAUUCCUUUAUUAUCCUUUCAAAUUCCAUUCAUUAAAAAAUAUGUUGAUGAUAUCAUCUUGGCUAUACCCAAUGACAAGGUAGAUGAACUAUUAAACACCUUCAAUAGUUAUGACCCCUACAUCCAGUUCACUAUAGAGAGGGAAGAUGGUAAUUGGUCCGUCCCCUUUCUCGACAUAAGGAUGAUCAGGGAAAAUAACAACAUCAAAAUAGAUUGGUAUCAAAAACCGACCCAUUCUGGUAGAUACCUUAACUACCACUCUUACCAUAAUAAUUCUACCAAAGUCAAUUUAGUCAAACAGAUGAAAAAUAGAGUAAUAAAACUAUCAGAUCCUUCUUUUCAUACAAAAAACCUACAAAUCCUACAGAAACUUUUCAUUUCGAAUGCCUAUCCAACACCACUAGUAAAUAAGAUUUUGUUUAACACUGUCCAAAACGAGGGUACUUCACCUUCCUUCGCGACUAACAAUGCUGAUCCUGAUGUCUUAAGUGGGAACCCAGUCUCUGAUACUCCUAUAAACAAAUAUUUUUCAUUACCAUACUUCAGUGAUAUCACUCCGGGGUUAACAAGGAUUCUGAAAAGUGUUGAAAAUAGCUUUGGUAAUAACAAUAUCAAUAUUAAACUUAAUGUGGCUUGUAGAUCAGCCCUAACAAUUAAUAAUCUUUAUUCUAAGAUCAAAGAUAAGACACCCACAGAUAUGCUUAGUAACAUUGUCUACAACAUUCCAUGCCACUCUUGCAACAAUUCUUACAUCGGCCAAACCUCUCAAUUAUUGAAAUCACGUAUCACACUACACAAAAGUGAUUCUCGACUUCACCCAGACCGUUGUGCUUUAGCCAAACAUGUACAUUCCACUGGUCAUCUCAUGGACUAUAAUAACACUACAAUUCUCCACCGUGAGAACAAUAAAUCUAAAAGAGAGUUCAUUGAAAUGUCAUAUAUUUUCCUUAACGAUUUUUCCAUCAAUGUUAAGAGUGACAUUAAGAAUCUAAGCAAUAUAUACCACUUCUUACUUAAAUCCGAUACCAAGAGAGGUAUAACAUCACAGAGAACUAACUUGACUGAUUUAUCCAUUAAUAACUAACCUACUUAAAUAAUAAUUUUCAUUAAUUUAAAAAAAAAAAAAAAGAUAACAUUCCCUUGCUUUUCUUAUAUACAUCUCAAUAAGAUAUUAGAAUAACAUCACAUGAACAAUAUAAUAUAUAAAACAAUUUUUUAACAAGAAAAAUCUGAAAUAAGAAUAUUACCCUAAACUGGUAAUUAAUUUCAUCUUGUUACACCAAUGAACCUUAACGACAUUAUAAAGAAUCAUAAGAACUACUUUGACAUGUCAGCGCAUGCGUUCUGGCAAAACAGAACCUCACAUGUGAUCUUUUUAACAAUCAAAAAUUUAGUUAUUGCCGACAACUCAAAGAAUUAAUUCCUUCAAAAUGUAGUUGCAUUGGGUUUUUUCGGUUACCCUUGGGUACACUUUUGCGUCUCAAGUUCACAGCUACCAUACAUUUCUAACAGUAACUUUUUUCUAACAGUAACAAAAAAACCACUAUGUUGUUACUAGCUAAGUUUUUUAUAACAUCCUAACUCUACAAUUCUAAGUUACGCCCUGAAGAAGCCAAAUUAAUUCUCUUUGGCGAAAACGUUCGGCGAAACAAUUGAUACUCAUUAGAGUCUUUCUUGCAGAUUUCCCCAAUAUUUAAGAGUUUACUAUUUAACUUAUCUGCAAAGAUUAAAUUAAUUUUUUUUUAGAGGAACAUGGGGUUCUAUAACAACAUACGGGUUAAUUAUGGUGCUGAGGCGUUGAGGUUGCUCAAGGAUUACCAGAAAACUAAUAUCAGACUAGCUAAAGAAAGGAAUCGGAGACUUUUUUUAUUAUCAUGUCGUUCUAAAGGUAUAACACCAAAACACAUUGUUCAUGCCACCUCCUCUGUUCAAAACUAUAUACACAGAAAUGGUUUCUUUCAAUUGCAGGGAUGCCAACAACUUAUCAGGUUAGAUAGCAAACUUUUAAAUGUUGAGAUUGCAACCAAUCAUAGAGUUCUCAAAAAGUUAGAAAAGUCACUUACUGAACAAAAAACAGAAAUCAUUAGAUCAACCUCAGAAUAUGAUUGGCUGCAAUUUUCACAUAUUCAAUCUAUUAGAUAUAAUAAAAUAUUUUUUUCAAUUAAAUCUGACAAUAUCAAAAAAAUUGACUCACUAUAUCAGUCCUGUUGCAAAUCUGUUCUUAAAACUGAUCCAAAAUGGAUAAAAAAUUUAUCUACCUCAAUUAUUCCUGAUGAUGUUCUAGGUUUCUUGGCGUUAGGAAAUAAAUUUAGCAUCGAACCAAAGUUAGGAAAAGAUUGUCAAGUAAAAACACUGUUAGCAGAUUUGGAAUACAUAAUUUCAUCAUUGCCAUCUGAAUUAGAGCAAAACUUAAUCCGGUCAAGAACCACCAACAUUAUCACUAAUCACAUUUUGAAUACUUCUAAACCAUCUAAUACUUUUUUUCAUAACUUAUAUACUAAAACUAGAAAAUUUCUUAAAUCCAAUCCUGAGCUUUUGGUGACAAAAGCAGACAAAGGCAAUGUUACAGUCAUCUUGGAAAGAACUCACUACUUACAACUUUGUUCUUCUCUCAUUGAAAACGAUAGAUCUUACACGUCACUUACAUCCAAUCCCUCUUCUUCUCUACAAAGGAAAUGCAAUACAUUAAUAGCAUCCUUAGCUUCUUCCAAUGAGAUUGACCGUAACACUAGGAAAAAAUUAACAACUUAUAAUGGGAACAUUGCAAAGUUUUAUGCUUUGCCAAAAAUUCACAAACCAACACUAUCGGUUCGUCCCAUAGUAGCUUCCAUUGGAACUCCCACUGAAAAUAUAUCAGCCUUUGUUACAGACAUCCUUACUAAUGCAUAUGAUUAUGAAAUUCAGUAUUACAUUAAAGAUUCUUUUGAGAUGGUAAAUAAAUAUAAUGGUUACAUACUACCAUCAAAUUAUGUCCUCGUUAGCCUUGACGUUGUAUCCUUAUUCAGCAACGUACAUCUAGGAAUUUGUUUGACAUCAAUAGAGGUCAAUUGGGACCGUGUUAGAGGUUGUUGUUCCAUGUCUUAUGACAGAUUCAUCAGCAUCGUCGAAUUUCUCUUUAAUAACACCUACUUCUCAUUUAAUGGAAAAUUCUAUCAACAAACUUUCGGUACCCCUAUGGGAGCAAAGAUUUCUCCUAUAAUUGCAACUUACGUUAUGGAUUAUGUGUUAGACUCUGUCAUUCCUUUAUUAUCCUUUCAAAUUCCAUUCAUUAAAAAAUAUGUUGAUGAUAUCAUCUUGGCUAUACCCAAUGACAAGGUAGAUGAACUAUUAAACACCUUCAAUAGUUAUGACCCCUACAUCCAGUUCACUAUAGAGAGGGAAGAUGGUAAUUGGUCCGUCCCCUUUCUCGACAUAAGGAUGAUCAGGGAAAAUAACAACAUCAAAAUAGAUUGGUAUCAAAAACCGACCCAUUCUGGUAGAUACCUUAACUACCACUCUUACCAUAAUAAUUCUACCAAAGUCAAUUUAGUCAAACAGAUGAAAAAUAGAGUAAUAAAACUAUCAGAUCCUUCUUUUCAUACAAAAAACCUACAAAUCCUACAGAAACUUUUCAUUUCGAAUGCCUAUCCAACACCACUAGUAAAUAAGAUUUUGUUUAACACUGUCCAAAACGAGGGUACUUCACCUUCCUUCGCGACUAACAAUGCUGAUCCUGAUGUCUUAAGUGGGAACCCAGUCUCUGAUACUCCUAUAAACAAAUAUUUUUCAUUACCAUACUUCAGUGAUAUCACUCCGGGGUUAACAAGGAUUCUGAAAAGUGUUGAAAAUAGCUUUGGUAAUAACAAUAUCAAUAUUAAACUUAAUGUGGCUUGUAGAUCAGCCCUAACAAUUAAUAAUCUUUAUUCUAAGAUCAAAGAUAAGACACCCACAGAUAUGCUUAGUAACAUUGUCUACAACAUUCCAUGCCACUCUUGCAACAAUUCUUACAUCGGCCAAACCUCUCAAUUAUUGAAAUCACGUAUCACACUACACAAAAGUGAUUCUCGACUUCACCCAGACCGUUGUGCUUUAGCCAAACAUGUACAUUCCACUGGUCAUCUCAUGGACUAUAAUAACACUACAAUUCUCCACCGUGAGAACAAUAAAUCUAAAAGAGAGUUCAUUGAAAUGUCAUAUAUUUUCCUUAACGAUUUUUCCAUCAAUGUUAAGAGUGACAUUAAGAAUCUAAGCAAUAUAUACCACUUCUUACUUAAAUCCGAUACCAAGAGAGGUAUAACAUCACAGAGAACUAACUUGACUGAUUUAUCCAUUAAUAACUAACCUACUUAAAUAAUAAUUUUCAUUAAUUUAAAAA